UAGCCAAGAUUAUCGGGCCGAAGGAUAUUAAAGGGUGGCAUAGUUGGGCGAUGGUUGGCCGACUGUGCCAACCAUUCCCCUCCCGAUUUUUGCAGACAAGUUUUAAGCAAAAAGUGCAUGUAGAAAUUUUUACAUUUACUUCCUUCCUACCGAGGGUGGGACAAGGUUGGCAAAAGUAUAUUUAAAUUGCAUCUGACAAAAACUGUCGGCACGAGGUCGUACCAUCCGUGGCCAAAAAUACCAUAGUGCGCCAUCUAUCCACUACAGCGCCAAUCGUACUUUCAAGUCCAUUUCCAGCACGAGAAUCUGCCAGCAUGGCUAAAAUCACUUUUCCUCCAAAAAAUAAAUUCGCCAUCGUCGAAUUUAAAGAAGAUGAUAACUCUGUGUCGAUAGUGUCAACAAGUUGGCUCAUAGACUUAUCCACAGUCCUCUGGCCAUCAUCACCCAACGUCACUUCUAUGGUGAAAAAACACAAGGCACCAGAAGAGAGUUGGGCACGACAUAAUUGUAAAAUUUUGAAAAUUAAAGAUACUUUUGAUGAUGCACUUGUUGUAUUGCGUUUAGCCGAGAAAUCAAAUCAGUCGACAUUUGAAACUACCGUGGAUGAGGAUGAAAGUCGUCGUCCUAGGCGACGAAGACGAAAUAAACAAAAGAAAAAAGUAAACUCUGAAUCUUCUGGGUCGUCGCCGAGUAAGGACCCAAUUGAUAGCGACAUCGAAAUUCCAAGCACGUCAUUUACCUCAAUUACUACGUCAAAACCAGUCGAACCGAAUUAUUCAAGUGAUUCUGACCACGAUCAAAUUCACUCGCCGAGUGUGUCCAACGUUGGUCCGAAUAGUUGCCCAAUUAUAUCAAGUCCUAAGUUGAUAUUGGUUGAUCACGGAACGGUGGCAUUAAAUUCCAACCUUGAUUUAAGUGAUAUCCCUCCAAGUGUUAACAGUCUUCCAGGCUUUAGUGGGGAUUUAGUUGGCAAAAAUGACACGGAAUUUGAGAAAAUCGUUAUUGAUCGUUUGGCUAAAUUGGAACAACUUGUCACGGAACUGUUGAGAAGGUCAGGUGGGAUUAACAUAUCUCCCCCAACUAAAAUAAAAUUGCACAAAAUUCCUGUGGUGACUGUUGCUGAGUUUAAGUCAUUAAACGUGUGGAUUCAGGUGCAGGAAAAUCGUGACUGUUUGGUCACGGAAUUGGCACUCAUUGGCGCAAAAAGGCUCUCUCUCCUGGUUAGCAGAAUACUGAAAAAACUUUUUGCAAAUAGUCUCGCAAAAAUCAUUACUGUCACUGGAGCAGGGAAGGAUAUUGAAAUUGCUUUAAACAACGAGCCAAUUUAUCAAAUUAUAAGAGAUUCCGUGCGUGCCACAAACGGUUAUAGUUUAUCUACGGACCAGGAAAUUGGAAGUUAUGUUGCAUCGUGGCUAAAGGGUGCUGAAGACAGAGAGGGCGGACGAGAAAAACGACGACAGAAUGCUAACCUCAAACAGAACAAAGGCAAGAAGAAGGAAGGCGGAAGUGGCAACCCUUCUUCAUAAUAUAAAUAUAGCUUCCUCCUCUACUAUUCUAGCGCCAGUAUCAAGUGUGGAUGGUGAAUCAGUUUCAGAAUCUCAAGUAAUAAUUAGUAGUUUGCAUGAUAGUGUAGAAUAUUCGUCAAAUUCAGAGAAUAAUAGUUAUAGCUUUACAAGUUUCAGUGAAAACGAAUCGUUCAAUGAAGAGCAAACACCAUUUCCUCAAAAACUUCGAGGAUGGGCUUUGUCCCAUAAUAUUACACAUGUUGCUUUAAAAGAAUUAUUAUCAUUAUUAUCUAGUAGUCUCAAAUUAACAGUUCCACUAGAUCCUCGAACAUUAUUAGAAACUCCCCGAGUAGUUGAAACUGAUUUUAUUUCUGGUGGAGAAUUUGUAUAUUUCGGAAUAGAAAAAAAUUUAAAGAGAUCAAUUUCAAAUAUCGCUCACCUCGUUCAGCCAAAAUCAACAAUUUUUAGCAAAUUUUAUCACGAUUUUGGCGAAAAUCUUGUAACAAUAUCUGUAGGUGUGGAUGGUAUUCCAUUAAGUAGGAGUACAAGAUCCCAAUUUUGGCCGCUUCUUGGUAAAAUUGAUCAACUUAAAAUUAAUUCAAUUUUUGUAAUAGGGCUAUUUUACGGAGUUCAAAAACCUACUAAUUUAGAUUUUCUAAAUGAUUUUAUUGCUGAGACAAUUACACUAGAGAAGGAUGGAUUUAAUCAUUUAGGGAAGAAAUUUCAUUUCAGAAUUUCCUGUAUUAUUGCUGAUGCUCCAGCUAGAAGUUUCAUUAAGGGAAUUAAGAAUCAUAAUAGUUAUUCAGGGUGUGAGAAAUGUGUUCAACACGGCGAAUUUGGAAAAAGUGUAGUGUACACUGAAUUAAAUUCAGCUUCGCGUACAGAUGAAUCGUUUCGUUCACAAUUAGACGAGAAUCAUCAUAA